AUGCUCCAAGAUUUGUUGACCUUCUUAUUAUUCAUCUACAGGUAUUAUUCUACACAACAGUUAACUGAAAAAAGUGAUGUUUAUAGUUUUGGAGUAGUCCUUCUUGAGCUCAUAUGCGGUCGGGAACCGCUCACCCAUACCGGCACUCCAGAUUCUUUUAAUUUGGUUUUAUGGGCCAAGCCAUACUUGCAGGCAGGAGCAUUUGAGGUUGUGGAUGAGAGCAUAAAGGGAAGUUUUGAUAGUGAGAGCAUGAGAAGGGCUUCUUUAAUUGCUUGCAGGUCUGUUGAAACUGAUGCACUUCGCAGGCCAACCAUUGCACAAGUACUAGCGGAGCUCAAAGAAGCCUAUAGCAUCCAGCUUGCCUAUCUUGCAUCAGCUCGUCUUAUAAAUUAAUAUUUUGUUAUUACGUACUGUCUGUAAAUUUUGAUUGAGUGAAGUGACCUCGGCUGAGUCUAGAGACUUAAUUUAUAUGAAUUAUGUUAUAUAGGGCGAAAUAUGCUAAUUUAUGGGGAAAUGAAAACUUGUAACAUGUUGUUAAGCAAUAUUAGACUGCAUAAUAUUAUCCA